AUGGGUUCUGCUGCAAGGAGAUGGGUCUGCCUCCCAUUGGGCUGCAUCAUGCUGUUCAGUCUCACGAAUGCUGACUUUGAAUUUCAAAAGGGAGUGCUCGCCAGCAUCAGUCCUGGCAUCACAGAGGACGUAGAUCUUCAGUGCUGGAACACGUGCUCUCUGACGCUGAUCGACCUCAAGGAACUCAAGAUAGAGCACAGCGUAGAUGCCUUCUGGAAUUUCAUGUUGUUCUUGCAAAAGUCUCAGCGGCCCAGGCAUUACAGUAUCUUCUUAACAAUAGCCCAAGACUUCUGGGACAUGUACAUAGACUGCUUGCUUUCAAGGUCUCACGGAAUGGGCAGAAGACAGGUGGUAUCUUCCAAGUAUAAUUUUCCACAGAAAAUGACAAGAAGUGAUUUGAAGGUAUACCUGCGGAAGUAGAGAUGUGACUUUAUUAAAAUUUUGAUACUUAGUCCUUCUGAUUGUUUCAGGUUUAUCAACUAAGCUAGAAAAUUUGCCAUGUUUAGUUUUUUAUGAUUUUUUCAUUUUCACAUUAUUUAGAAAUCGUGAGCAUGCUUGAUUAUAAAGGAUCUUGGAAUAUACACAUUGCUAGAUCAUUAAAAUCAUCUUAUUCCCCAUGAGUAGUUCAUAAGAAAGCCAUGUAGCUCUAUCUAUUCAUAUUAUAAGACUGAAAUAUCAGGCAUGUUGUAGUCUUUUGAACAAAACAUUUUCAAUUGGGUUGCAUAGAAGAAUGGAAUCUUAUGUUAAGAAAUAUUAAUUUCCUUCAAUACUACAGAAAUAGAUUAUAAAACAUGUUUUACAUUUAGGAAGAAAAAUACAAAAACAUUACCUCAAGCAAGAUGCCACCUGAGAGUAUAGUCCUGUCAAGUAUUUCCUGUUAUAAUUAAAAUUAUGACUUCUAGUUCCUUAAUCUGGUGGUCUUCUUUCUCUAGAUAUAUAAUUGCUUUAUUGAUAGUGAUUGGAUUAUGUGUAAAUAUUCACUAAUUUGUCAAUAAUUUUUUAUUUAGAAAACAUUUUGUCAAGUUGUCUUUAAAAUUCUUCAAAUGAAAAUAUGAUUUUUUAAGUGUUCAGUGGAGUGAAGUUGUAAGCAAUUUUAUAAAGUACCUGGUAUACUAGUAUUGACUUUAAAACUGUGCCCCAACUAAUGCUAGUAUCUAAAGGUGACAUUUAAUGUUGAUAUAAUGUUCUUUUUGCUUA